AUGGAAACCGAAUAUUCUAAAAGGGUCUAUCAAGGGGUUAGGGUCAAGCACACAGUGAAAGAUCUACUGGCAGAGAAACGACAAAGACGAACAAAUGGACCAAGAUAUAGUGUGAGUACUCAAAGAACAUCCAGCCAAUCAUCAUUUGUCCAAAUGCCAGGGUCUCACAUGAUCCCUGGCUACUACGGCAUGAGGCGACCCUUCAUCUCCGACUCAGACUUCUCCCCCAAGCAGUUCUCAGCCGAUGUCUACUCCUCAUCCCUUGGGGGCAAGCCUCUGGGUUGUGACCCAUCGGCCAUGUCGGGCUACUCCUCCUUCAUAGACAGCUACUACCCGGAAACGUUUGGAGACUACCGCAGUGCAGCCUUCACCACCGGAGGGAGCUCCAUCUUCCCCAGCUCAGCCCUGUCCACUCUGCUACCACCUUUCUCCGGAGAGUCCCCCCACUUCCUCCUGAGAUAUUUGUGGGAGCAGCCAGUGGCAGACCCAGUGACCCAGGGAGAGGGCUUGUGUGCAGAUGGCCUGACCUCUGUUCCAGUCUCCCUGCCCAGCCCCGACCCUCCCAGGAGCCCCUCACAGUACCGCUACUCCACCCGCAGCUCCUCCAUUGGCUCGGCACAGCCCUAUGCCCUUCACCCUCUGGAAGAAGUACACUACCAGACCUCUUACCCUGCCGCCUCCACUUUCACAUGCCCUUCCUAUAUGACUGUUUCCAAUGACCUAGCCUCCAAGAUGGCCCGUCUAGCUAAUGAGGACUCUGACAGUACUCUCGCCACACAUAGUGACACUCACUCGUGGGUGAAAGAAGAUGGCGAAAGCUCUUGGUCACCAUAUGAGAUUCUGAGGUCUUAUUAAGUCCAUUUGGAAACAACCUGUCCUUCACAGAAAACCAAAACAAUGCUGAUGCAAGCGAUUCAGCUCCUUGUGAUCCAAAUAUUUGACUUUGUACUUCUAUAAAGAGAUGAGCAAAGUCCACAAAGUACAACUUUGACUUAUUUGACCCUCCUAAGUCCCCUGGUGAUAUACAGUAAGAGUAUGUAAGAAUUAACUCACUGGGCACACACUGGUUGCA